UUAAUUCGACGAUCACGGCGCUUACUGAUAGUUGAGCUAAACGGGUGAAAUUAAUUUUAGUUUGAAUUGUCAUUAAUAUUAAGUUAAAAAAAAACUUCCAAAAGAUUUUUAAUUUAUAAAUAUCUAUAUGUAUAUAUAUUAAUAUCCAAACUUUAUUAUUUUACAUAUCUAUUUUUUGCAUAAACUUUAUAUAACAUUUAUAACCGGUCCCAUGAUGAGGGUUUAUUUGUUAAAUGUUGUCUCGAAUACUAUCAGAAAACAAUGCUAUUCUACGAAGAAUGUGAAGAAGGUUACCCAUUGCAUCUUCGAUAUGGACGGUCUUCUUUUAGAUACCGAGCAGGUCUACAAAAAAAUGAUAACACAGAUCUGUGCCAAAUAUGGUCAUAAAUACACUGAAGAAUUAAUGAUGAAGGUCCUUGGUGGUACAGAACAGAGAUUGUCAGAGAUCUUAUGUAAAGAUUUAAAUCUUCCUAUAACACCGAAAGAGUUUCGUGAUCAGUUAUUAGAGCUGGGGGACACAAUGCUUGCUGGUAGUCCGUUAUUGGAUGGAGCGGAGAGAUUGAUACGUCAUCUCCAUCAAACAAAAGUACCAUUUGCACUCGCGACAUCUUCCAGUGCCCGUUCUGUUGAAACAAAAGUUGAGAAAUAUAAGGAACUCUUCAGCUAUUUCCAUCACAUGGUCAUGGGUAGUACAGACAAGGAAGUCAAGUAUGGGAAACCACAUCCAGAUAUCUUUUUGGUGGCAGCAGCCAGGUUCCCUGACAAACCUAAGCCAGAAAAGUGUUUAGUAUUUGAAGAUUCUCCACACGGCGUGACAGCUGGCGUGUCCGCGGGAAUGCAAGUGGUUAUGGUACCAGAUCCCCACUUGGACAAGAGACUGACCACUCACGCCACCAUAGUACUACCGACGCUAGCCAAAUUCCAACCAGAAAUCUUUGGAUUACCGGCUUUCCAGUAACACUUUAUUUGAGUAGGAACAAGGAAAUAGAACUGAACCAAGAUUUUAAUUUAAUAAAGUAGAAGUUAGAUGUGUGCUUAGUAUUAUGAUUUUAUGUACAAAAUGAUAGAAAUGUAGGGUUUUUUGAUUUUGAUUUAAUCAUACAUGGUAGUAGUACUCAUACACAGCCGUUUGCCAAAAAGUAGCAGUGGUUUGUGGCAAAUUAUAGUUUAGGAAAAAUGCUUCUGACGUAUUAAAUACGCAACAGCUACGAUUACCCGCCGCGACUAGACCGUUGGGAUGGUAAAACCAUGUUAAAUAUUAUUUGUCUAUUCCCAAAAAAAAUAACACCAUAUUUGUCUAGGUUCGCUGAAAAGAAAAGACACAAAUGAGUCGAUGAUGUAUAACAUUGAAGGGGGCAUACUCUAGUCAUAAUUUUGCAAAUAUCUUAGUGACAAAGUAAAAGGUCUCCAAAUAUCAUAUUAUAGUUUUCAAUGUGUGUUGAUAGUCAUUCUGUUUGGAUAUUGCCUUUUAUAUAUACAGGUAAUCUUAGUAUGUAAACCAGAAUAUUUAGUCAAAAUUAAAAAGUUGAUAGCCAAUUUCAUUUAAACAAGAAUUUUAGCUGCCACUAUUUAAAAACUUUGGUAGGCUUCAGGUUGAGUAUGACUAAAAAUAGCCGUUUUGUAAUGUAUCAAAAUCAAAGCAAUACUGAAAUAUCAGUCCAUUAACGUGCUCUGAGACAAUAGUUGUAAAGUAUAUAGAGACUGUACUCAAAUUAGUUACAUAGGCAAAGAAAUAAAAUCUAUUUUUUUAUAUUUCAUUUUUAUUCUACAUGCACAUAAUAAGUAAAAACACUUUGGAAGCAAUAUUUUUUAUAUUAUACGAUCUUAGAAUUAUUAAGGAAAAUUUUUGCUAAUACCUCAUAGAUGUAGAAUGUAGAGGUGUAAUAAUAAGUAUCUGUUGAAUCACAUGAUAUAAUCAAUUUUAAGUACAAUACUGGAAACAUUUCUUUUUUAUUAUAUAAAAUUGUAAGCUGUUUGUACCACUUUGUGAUAAUAUAAGCCCCAACUUGUUUUGUACAUUGUAGUGUUAAGAAUAAAAGCAAUAAUUUAUUAAA